AUGCUCGGCAAUUAUGUCAACAAAAAUGUGAAUGUCACGGUUGUAAACGAGCUGAAGGUGAUGAGAUAUCUGCGUCGACAGAUGAAUGGUGGGGACGAUACCUUGUGGUACAGAGCAACAACACAUCAAAGACAGAAUAAAGAUGACAAUUUUAAGAUAUCGCUGCUGAGGAGACGAGACUUGCCGGAGUUCAAGGACAAUCACAGUUGCCAGUUCCUGAAGGAAAUGCUGAACUUUUAUCUCACGGACGUGAUCCCUGCAGCCAAGACCCACAGCAGAGUCAUCAACACGUCCGUCAGCAAGAUCGGAAACGCCUUGCACGAGCUGCACGCCAACGUACAGAAAUGUCAUCUGUUCUUCUCCUGCGAUCGUUGCAGCUGCAAUCAAACUCCACACUUCCGGAACAUUCAACGGACGUUCAAGCAGCUACAGGUGAAAGGCGUGUACAAAGCCAUGAGUGAACUCAACACCUUCAUUGACUGGAUCUGGAACUACAUCAACAUGAAGAAGAACAGUUCCUGAAUGAAGAAAGCCGCUAGUAUUUACAUUUAUAUUUAUAUUUAGGCUGGGCAGUUACAGGGUCUUGCAGCUGCUUGUGAAGUUGCUCCUCAUCUUUCACUGGCCCCUUUCUUGCUGCCAUACUCGUUCCAGGACAACUUUGUCUGACAAUGUCGCUAGAACAAGGUGCGGUACAGUACAGGAACAGGCCC